AUGGCUACCACGGCUCAACUCCUAUCACACCCCGAAUCCGUCAAGGUCUUCGGUCGGUCCGCCUAUCUCCGUCAUGCAGACCCUGAGAUAAGAAUCUACUACGUCGAAUCUUUCCCGUCUGACAAGCAGAAAAAGAAUAAGGGCACGCUUCUUCUAGUUCAUGGGUUCCCACAAACAUCGUACCAAUUCCGCCACGUAAUGGUACCUCUGGCCGAAGCAGGAUACCACGUUAUCGCACCAGAUCUUUUGGGUCACGGCUUCAGUAGCAAGCCCAUCGGAGAUAUUCACCAACAAAACCCGUUUACCGCAAAGUCUCUUGCAAAGGAUCUCUACCAACUAGUUACAGAGCACAUUGGCGUGAAAGACAAGAUCCACCUCGUCGGCUACGAUAUCGGCGGCAUCGUUACGCACCCUUAUGUCUGCCAAUUCCCCCAUAGCGUUGCGAGCGUGACGUGGGGCGAGAACCUCCUGCCUGGAUCCAAGUUCUACGACAUGUACAAGCACACCCGGAAGAUGUGGCAUUUUGAUUUCCAUAGCCACAAUACCGAACUCGCCGUCGCUUUGGUCUCGGGUAAGGAGAGGCUAUAUGUGAAAUAUUUCUUUGAUCGGCAAAUGCAAAAUCAGACCGUAUUUCCUCCCGAGGUCGUGGAUUUCUACGCCCAGCAGUAUGCCGCACCAGAUUCGCUACGGUGUGCAUUUCUGGUCUAUCGCGCUUUCGAGGCUGAUGCCGAGGAUAAUCUUAAGUGGAGGGAGGAAUUGGGCAAAGUUAAGAUCAAGAAUAUGAUGUUGUCGGGUGAAAGGAGCUUCCACGCAGACGAGGCGGUGGAGAUGGCCAAGGAGUUCUACGAGGAUGUCCAAAUAGGCACUGUGCCCGAGGCGGGACAUUAUCUUGCCGAGGAGAAUCCGAAGGGGUUUGUGGACGAGCUAUUAAAGUUCAUCGAGUCUUGA